CUGACGUUCCAUGGCACUUCACACUGGUUUCAUCACGCUUCCGUUCAAGGACAACAAAACACCAAUAGAGGAUCACCUGCAUGCGCACGCUUACCUUGGGAUGACAAAUCUUGCCGGAUGGUAGAGAGCCACGGCAGCUCGCUUGCGUGGUACUCAGUUCAAAUUGCAGAAAUACGGGAGUCGACCUCAAAUAAUCGUAUCAGGACUACCGGUCUCGUCCCUGGCGCUAUGGUUGUUGGUGGGAACGCAGACGGCUCGGUGGCGGCUUAUAGCGGUUUACCGCUCCAAGCCAACAAGACAGCACACAUGAGUCCCCUUCUAACACCGAACCAACCCCAAGUGAUCGUCACUCCCGAACCUCGCAGUCUUUCAUUAUCAGUCCAACAAUACUCCGGAACCUGGAAACACCUAAGGCCGCAGGUUUCGGGCAUGACCGUUCGGAACGGCGGGAUGCGCAAACGCACCCAUUGAGUGCUCUCAGUGGCCCGGCCCCCGCAUUGACGCAACGUUCAUGACCCAAUCGUCGUGUUGAUUUUCCGCUUGUAUGUUUAUUUGCUUCAAGUUAAGAUGUUACGGCAGAGUAAACUCGUCUCUGACCGGUUGCUACGUGGUGAAUGCGACAAUGGGGGUGGCAAUGUUGCGCCGCGAUGUACCGAA